AUGGUAGCUUGGGCAGCUUUAGGCGCAAUGGGAACAAAAGCAUUAGCAUUUGGAGCAAAAGCACUUGGAGCUUAUGACGCAGUAAAUAAAAUGAGUGGAGGAAGAGUUUCGAAGACAUUAGAUGCAAAUAAAGGAAAGAUUGGAGGCUGGGUUGCAAAGAAGUUAAGAUUAAAUAAAAUAGGACUCAUAAAUAAAGCAUCCAAUUUGGUUGCGACUGAGUCAGAAAAUGCUUUAGGAAAGGACGAUGAGUUUGCAAAACACGCAAAAGACUUUAAUGACCAGAUGAAAGGUGA